CUAAAAAGUUUCACCUAUGAAAAGAAAAAUGGACCACUCAGGAAAUGUUUCUUUCAUUGUUGAAUAAUGGAAUCAGAGAGCCAUCCAAUUUAAUUUACAGUAGAUCUAUUUAAACAGCAGCAGCACAAUACAGUUAGAUCGAGUUCUGUGUACAAAGAAAAUGGAGAAAGCAAAACAAAGAGCAAAUGGAACCCAUAUACUUGUGCUUCCUAUUCCUGCCCAAGGCCACAUAAACCCAAUGCUCCAAUUCUCAAAACGCUUAGCAUCCAAAGGUUUAAGGGUGACACUAGUCACCAUCUCCUCUAAGACUCAUGAGCCCAUAGAAACCCAGUUGAGUAUGGUAAAUAUUGAGCCAAUUUAUGCCACAUAUGAAGGAGCAGACGAGACUGAUUUAGAGAGCGCGAUCCAGUGGCUCCAAACCAUCUUGUCACAAAACUUACCAGAUGUGAUUUCAAAGCAAGAGAGGAAUGGUUACCCAAUUUGCUGCCUAGUCUAUGACGCAAUCAUGACAUGGGCUCUAGACAUAGCCAAAGGGCUAGGCAUUGCUGGGGCUUCAUUUUUCACUCAGGCUUGUGCUGUUGGAACUGUGUACUAUAAUGUGCAGCAAAAGUUGCUUAGGGUUCCUCUAGAAGAAGAUCGAGUUUUGCUACCUGGGUUGCCUCUGCUUGAGCCUCAUGAUCUGCCCUCUUUCAUCAAUCAUCCAGGGUCCUACCCAUCCUUGUCUAAGAUGGUAGUUGGCAGCUUUUCAAAUAUCACUGAUGCUGAUUGGAUCUUCUGCAACACUUUUGAUUGCUUGGAACCAGAGGUGGUGAGCUGGAUGAGAACAAAAUGGCCAAUCAGGACAAUAGGGCCAACCCUUCCAUCAAUGUACCUAGAAAAAAGGUUGGAAGAUGACAGGGACUAUGGCAUCAACCUUUUCAAACCCAACAAUGACACUUGCAUCAAGUGGCUAGAUUCGAAGAAAGCAUGUACAGUUGUGUAUGUAUCAUUUGGAAGCGUUGCUAAUCUAGGAGAAAAGCAGAUGGAGGAGCUAGCACUGGGCCUAAAAAGGAGCAAAACCAGCUUCCUGUGGGUAGUAAGAGAAUCAGAAAUUCAAAAGCUUCCAAGCAAUUUUGAGGAGCAAACAUCAGAGAAGGGUUUGGUUGUGAAUUGGUGCCCUCAAUUGCAAGUUUUGGCUCACAGGGCCAUUGGUUGUUUCAUGACACAUUGUGGGUGGAACUCUACACUUGAGGCAUUGAGCUUAGGGGUGCCAAUGGUGGCAAUGCCACAGUGGACUGACCAAUUGACAAAUGCCAAGUUUGUGGAAGAUGAAUGGAAAGUUGGAGUGAGGGUCAAGGUUGAUCAGGGAAUUGUCACUAAAGAAGAAAUUGAAAGAUGCAUAGCACAAGUCAUGGAAGGAGAGAGGGGGAAUGAGAUUAAAAGGAAUUCAAUGAGAUGGAGAGAAUUGGCUAAGGAGGCUGUAGAUGAAGGUGGAAGCUCUGAUAAGAAUAUUGAGGAAUUUGUAGCAGCUCUCUUAUGCAAAUAGAAAUAGAUUUGUUAGAAAUAGAUUUGUAUGAGUAAUUAAUGUUUAUGUUUGUCAAACUAACUACACAUUUAAA